CCAUCGCUGCUAGUGGAGAGAGGAAUAUGGCGACGUCCCUGAUUUGCAGCCGGUUGUCCGCUGGACUGAGGAAUUCAGGGUCCAGGACAACUCUGAACUCUGCAGCUAAGGUGCUGGGCGGUGCGACGGGUCUGCUUGGCGGCCAUGUUGGUCAGCAGCAGCAGCAGUCUGCCCUGGGCCUGCAGCAGCAGCCGCGGCGUCACCUCUCCCUGCACGAGUACAUGAGCAUCGGGCUGCUCAAGGAGGCCGGCAUCUCCGUACCCGAGGGCAUGGUGGCCAGCUCGCCAGACGAGGCAUACUCCAUCGCCAAGAAGAUUGGCACUAAGGAUGUGGUGGUGAAGGCCCAGGUCUUGGCUGGGGGCAGAGGGAAGGGCACCUUCGAGGGCGGGCUGAAGGGAGGCGUGAGGAUCGUGUACUCUCCUGAGGAGGCUCGUGACAUCUCGUCCCAGAUGAUUGGUAAGAAGCUGUACACCAAGCAGACGGGGGAGGCGGGACGCAUCUGCAACCAGGUCUUCAUCUGUGAACGCCGCUACCCACGCAAGGAGUACUACUUCGCCAUCACCAUGGAGAGGUCUUUCCAGGGCCCGGUGCUGAUUGGCAGUUCCCAGGGGGGCGUGAACAUCGAGGACGUGGCUGCGGAGAGUCCCGAGGCCAUCGUCAAGGAGCCCAUCGACAUCGUCCAGGGCAUCAAGAAGGAGCAGGCCGUCAGGGUUGCUGAGGCGAUGGGUUUCCCCAAAGCUCUGAUUCCGGAGGCUGCUGAGAACAUCAUCAAGCUGUACAACGUCUUCAUCAAGUAUGACGCCUCCAUGGUGGAAAUCAACCCCAUGGUAGAGGACUCAUCGGGCAUGGUGAUGUGCAUGGAUGCCAAGAUCAACUUUGACUCCAACGCGGCGUACCGCCAGCAGAAGGUGUUUGACAUGCAGGACUGGACGCAGGAGGACCCCCGCGACCGGCAGGCCGCCCUCGCAGACCUCAACUACAUCGGCCUCGACGGCACCAUCGGAUGCCUGGUGAACGGUGCUGGUUUGGCCAUGGCCACCAUGGACAUCAUCAAGCUGCACGGUGGAACUCCCGCCAACUUCCUGGACGUAGGGGGCGGAGCCACGGCUCACCAGGUCACCGAGGCCUUCAAGCUCAUCACCUCCGACAAGAAGGUCCAGGCCAUCCUGGUGAACAUCUUCGGGGGCAUCAUGAGGUGUGAUGUCAUCGCUCAAGGAAUCAUCAUGGCCGUCAGCGACCUCGACCUCAAGAUCCCCAUCGUAGUACGGUUACAAGGGACGAGAGUGGAUGACGCUAAAGCACUGAUCGCUGCCAGCCCCCUGAAGAUCCUGGCCUGUGACGACCUAGACGAGGCCGCCAAGAUGGUUGUGAAGCUGUCUGAGAUUGUAUCGUUGGCGAAAGAAGCCCAUAUCGACGUGGCGUUCCAGCUUCCCAUCUAAAGCCACACACACACACACACACACACACACACACACACACACCUUUUACAAACCAUACAGCUCCUCCCCAAAACUAUCCACUGGUCCCCACCACUACACCAUCACACACACAC